AUGGCCUCACUUGGUAAGAAGGUAAAAUCCUCGUCGGGAAAACCAAAAGCAUCAAGAAGAGAAUUGAAAGAACAAAAAUUGAUGGAUAAUGCCAUAUUUUCCGAUCCGUUGGAGGUUCAAAAACAACAACAUGCUCUCAACAAUAUGCCAAAGAGCUUUUCUAAAAAACAAUUGGAAGAAAUGGACUCUGAAAGUUCUUUUGAACAUGAAUUGAAUACAACCUUCUCUGGUUCUACUUCAAGUGUGAAAUCUUUAAAGGCAAAGAAGCAAGCCAGUUCUUUAUUCGGAGGUGGAGCCCUGUCAAAAUUAACUGGUUUUGUUGCAAGAGAAAAAUCUGUGGCAGGUAUUGUCAAACCAAAAGAACCUUCAAGGAUAUUUUCUGAUAGAGAAAUUAAUGAUAUUACCAGAGUGAAAAUUAAAGAAGAUAAUGAAGUUAUAAAAGAAAGAGAGGAAGAUGAUUUAUUGGAUCUCUUAUCUAGACGUGAACCAGCAGAUGAAAUUGUCAAGAAAAAAUUCAAACAAGCUCAAAGUAAGACACAAUCACUUUACUCCAGUGGGUUGGAAUCAGCUGCUCCAGAAAUGGAAAAGAUAGUAAAUUUCGAGGAAGAUUUAAAUGAAGAAAUUGUUAAACAAGACGAACAAGAGGAAGAAGAAGAAGAAAUCAAACACGAUUCUAGCGAUCCACACAUUUUUGAAAGAAUGUUUGAUUUGAAUGUAUUGAAAAAGCAUUCAGUCAAGUUGAGAAAAUUAGCAGAAGAAAGUGGUUCAAAUUUGGAACCAGUUGAGAGGUACUUUUAUUCUAUUGAAUUCCCAAAUACUUUCCACUAUAAUAUUCUAAUGAGUAUAUUUGCAAGACAAAAAGUAUUUGAUAGAGUUGAAAAAUUAUUCCAAGAAAUUCCACACAAGAAUACAUCCUCGUUCAAUAUAAUGCUGGAAGUAUAUUUGGAACAGGGUAGAUAUGACGAAAUUCACUCCAUGUUCAAAUACAUUCCAAAACCUGACGAAGAAAGCUGGAAUAUUCUCAUGGAAAUGUUUGAAAAGAAGGGAGAAAUGGAAAAGGCCAAAGAAAUCUUUAAAAUCAUCGAUGAACCAUCCAUUGAAAAUUAUAACACCUUGAUGGGAAUUUACCUCAGAGCCAAACGUUACAAUACAGUGAAGGCUGUCUAUGCAACUGCUAGAGAAAUGCAUGUUCUAUCCAAGACAACAUAUGAAAUCAUUGUCAAUACAUAUAUUCAAACCAAAGAAUAUACAUUGUUAGAUGAAGUCAUUGCAGAAGUUAAUAAGAAAUAUAAGGAGUCAACAGUCUUUUCCCCAUCUACUCUUUCAUCCAUUCAAUUUUUGAGAGAUAGUAAUCUUAUUAGAUCAAUCAAACUCAAGUAUGUUGCAAAGGAAUCCUAUCAACACCUUCGUACCAUGGAACAGUAUCUUCUUUCAAAGGAUUAUCCUUCUAUGGAAGAAGCACUUUCACAAAUACCAAAAGAACAUUUGGAUAGAUGCCAUUUUGCUUGUCUUAUUAAGGCAUAUGCCACCUCAGGAAAUAUUGCAAAAUCUAAACAAUAUUUUGAAGCUCUUGCUGACUUUGAAAAGAGCAAUCCAAAGAAUGUGAAACAAACAAUUUCCCCACUCGACUAUAACCAAUAUUUGAUGGCAUUCUUGAAUAACGCUGAAAUGACCAAAACUCCUCCAAGAGUUACGAGAAUGAAUCAAAUUUUCAAUUGCAUUGACAAGCCAGUUACAGUAAACUAUAACACUCUCAUGCUGGGCUAUUUGAGAAAGAAGAUGUUCUCCAAUGUUGAAGCUUUAUUCAGUAAAAUGAUUAGACCAGAAAACAAACCAAAUGCAAUGACUCAUGCCAUCAUGAUUAGAUGUUAUGCUGAUCAGAACGCAAUUGGGAAAAUGUUGGAAUACUUUGACCAAGUUAUUGAGAAAUAUAAGGACGGAAAGGACUGUAGUAGAAAGCUCUAUGUCAGUAUUAUGAAUGUUUGCGCUUUUAAGGGACUCCAUGAAAAGGUGCAACAACUCUUCGACAGAUUCCCACAAACAUUUGCAGUGCAUGGAACACCUGCAACUCCAGGAAUAGACGAAUGGAAUUGUUUACUUCUUGCCUAUUCAUUUGUCAAAAACACUGAAAAGGUUGAGGAAAUUUUCAAGCUAAUUCCAAAUCCAAAUGCCAUUACUCACAAAUGUCACAAGAUGGCAUACAGACCAUCGAAACAAAUGCACGUUAAGAGAGCUGAAAUUGAAACAAAGAUUGACCAGGAAGUAGCAAAUACUCCGAGAAUAAAGCUUCACACGCCACUUGAUGGCUAA